AAAAUAAUAAUAAACGAUCACAGAUUUAGUUAUUUAACAGCAAAUUCCCAGUAUUUACAUCCACUAAUUCUUGUGUAUUGACACUGGAUGAGAAAUCAUUGUUAACACAUGAAGGGAGUUAGUUUUACUUGAGGAACAGCCAACAUCAAAGGAGAAAAGUCAACAAUAGAACAUGGGUGUGAUAAAGUGCACACCUUGAUGCAGGUGUGCUCUUAUGGCAAGGGUGAAAAUCAGAACGUGAACAAUAAUGGCCCGUAGUUCAUGGUUUCUGCUUUAUGUCUGUGUGUGCUCACUCCCAACGUAUGCAGAAAACUGCACAACCAGCUCUGAUUGCACGGGCUUCAAGUCUGAUUGCUCGGACACAGGCGUGUGCAAAUGUGAUGAAGGGUUCACGAAGCUCAGAUCUCAUCCACAGGAAUGCAAGCAGGAUAACUGCAGUAUAACAAGCUGCCUGCUAUGUGAUGAUGUGAUAGCUGGCCUGUGCAAUAAGUGUGUCUACUUCCUGUCACAUGACCGUAAGCAGUGCCUGAUAGAAUGUCCCGGGGGAAGAUCAAAGUUUCAGCAACCACCCGUGUUGAGUCCCGUCUGCUCAGGUAAAGAAGACAUAGUUCAGGAAAUUGUAGAGAAUGGCUUAAGUACAGAAGUGGUUAUCGGAGUUAUAGCGGGUGUGUCGGGGGCACUGCUGCUGUGUGUUGUCAUCCUCAUCGCCUAUUGUAUACACAUACGCCGUACCAGAAGAAACGUAAAUCUAAAUGAGACGCAUUAUGUGGCUGGACACAUGCAGGAAGGGAACGUGAAAAAGGUGCCGAUGUAUGAUAAUAGGGGAUUCGAUACAGAAAACGAACCAUCUCUUGUGCACAACCUGAUUGAUCGCGAUGUCUACAUUCGUGAGCUAGAGAGGCUUCGCCCACAUGCUCAAACCCUUCUUACAAUGCUCAACGAGAUACGACACAAACUUCGGGCCAUGGAUAAAUCAGAUCCCAGAGUAUCAACAUACAAGGGAGUAAUUCACCAGCUGUGUCGAGUGUUGGUUUUGGUCCAUCGGAAAGAUCCCGGCGCAAGUAUUCCCUCUGAUUCCCUUGGGCUCAUGGAGUGGGCUCACCAGAUGAUCGAAGACAAACAGAUGGAUGUGGAACCAGCGGAGGAAUCAAUAGAGACGAAUCCAGUACACAAGAUUUCUUACAUCGAAGUUCCCCCUUCUGCCAAUAGCAAUCCUUAUGCAACCCCCGUUAUUAAGAAACCCAACCCAUACGCUACCCUGCACAAGCGCAAUUCCCAGCUUAACGCAUCCAACCUUUCAAACGGCUCAUUCUACAGUAGUGUUCCUGUGCCUGUUGACUAUGAUGGAGGAAAAUUGCCGGCAGGAAACACAAACAAUCACCUGUCUGUAUCUCAGAACAAUACGAUCAAAUCAACAACCAAAGAAAGCCUUAAAAGACAGUACGAAAUUCCGUGGGACAUAAAAAAGUACAGUGACAGUUUUUCGACUUUGAAUUGUUCGGGGUCGGAUCUUACCAUGGGUUAUUUUGCCAAUGGACGAUUUUACGACCCCUCGCCUAGACAGCCAAGCGUAAAUCCAAACCCCGCUCCGGAGAUUUACGCCCCAGCGAGUUCAUACAGUGACCCUAGCAACCCACCCAUUUUUUCCACGUUUACUGGUGGCGUUCCCAGAAAACAAUCCUCAGCUUCAUCCCAUUCCUCAACACUUACAAAUACUGAGCAAAAUCAAUAUGACAAUCAUGGUGUUUUUAGAACACGAGGUGGUACCCCUAUCAACAACACCUUCAAUGCAGCUGUUGGUGCUAUUGAUGAUUAUGAAUAUGAUGAUGAAGAUAGUGAUGAAGAUAUACACCCAGACGGUCUACCAUUUGACAUUACAGAUGCAACGGAGCCUGUUGAAGUUUAGUUUGAAUUGUGAUUUAAUUUGUAUGACCAAACAGUUACCGUCAGUGACAAAUUUGACUCACCAUGUGAGCCCAAACAAGGUUACUAGACGAAAUUGAGUUAUUAUUAUAUAUACAAAGCUUAUUUUCCCCCCGACACAUUUUUUUUAUGAAAUUCCUAUUUUUGAAAUUGAAAUAAUUAAUACUUCUUUUAGUGUCUUUUUUUUUUUUAUAUCAAAAUUGAUAUUUUAAUUGACAACACAGAAGGUCCUGUAAAUGACAACAAAGUAUUGUAAUUGAUAACUUAGAGUUUGAAUUGAAAAACAGCUUAAAACGCUCAAUUGGUAUUUGACAGAUGUCAUGUGAUACCAGCAAUCAUGAAGUUUUAUUAACUAAACAGUUCAGUGGAAGUUCUGAAGACAAUUUUGAAUUAUAUUUUCUUUAAUAAAUUGUCAUUGUAAUAUAAUUGUGAACAUUUUUUAUAACUACAUAAACUAUAUAACUCCAUGACAAACAUUGUCAAUAUGCUGGCUUUGUCUGAAAUUUGAAAAUGAAUAUUCUUUUUAUUUAUUCACAAAUUUAUAAAAAAUCUUGAAUGAUUUUCAUUUUUGUAUUGUUAAUUGGGUAAAUGUUUGUAAGAAUUUUAUAUUUUAACAUCAUAUUUUUUGUAUGUCAUUUUAUACAUAAAAUACAUGUUGCAUUGUCAUUGCAAGUUCAGUUUUAGAAAGUGAGAUUCGAAAGGCACAUUGGAAUAGCUUUUUUAAUCAUUUAUACUGUCACUUCAAAGUAACUUUGUUCAUGAAUUGAAAUUAUGGGUUACAUGUGCACAUAUUAUUAUUUAUGUAUUAGAGUUUUUUGAAUAAUUAUAGAAACAUGACAUAAACUGUAAAUGUAUACUCCCCCAGAACUUUCAGCUGCCAAUGACCCACCAUCCCCUGCGAUUCAGUAUUUUAAGCAGACAACGCACUAAUCUAUACACAGCACCAUUUAUGUAUACAGAGCUUGUUUAAUGUAAGCGCAUAACAAACACUUUCUCUAUGCUUAUUAGGAUCAUGUGACUACCACCUGUUCACAUUGACAAUAUGCAUACAGUCAUGUUUGUGUACCGGUACAUUUACAGGUUAUAUUGUAGGUCGUCUUUUUUCCGUAGAACAUAGGCAAAGUAAUAAUGUAUCUAUACUGAAAUCUUUAAGGCAAGGCCAAUUUUCAUGUUACAGUGUAUCUCCCUUUUCUCAUAAAUUCAUUAAGUUUUGAAAUUUUUGGCAAAUAUUUCUACUGACUUCUGUGGCUGGCGGUUAUUGAGCAAUGUGCGUGCGUCAGUCUUGUAAGCUAUGCCAGUUUCCAGCAUACAUGUUUGUUACAUCUUUUCCAUAGAAGAAGGCCAAGAAUAAUGUACUAAUACCAAAAUCUUUUAAGGCAAAGCAAGGCCAAUUUGCAUGUUACCUCCCUUUGACUAUAAAUUCAUGAAUAAUUGUGCAAUUUUGGGCGAAUAUUUCUACACACUUCUGCUGCAGGUGUUAAGCACUGUGUUUAUGUCAGUAUUGCAAGCUACGCCCUUUGCCAAUUUUCACCAUAUGUGCAGUUGUACAAUGUCUCUGUGUAUAUCAAUGAAAAUAAACAGAUUUUAUGAUAAGUGAUUUUUUGUGUGGAAUUAUAGAGGAUAUUCUUGCCUGCUAUUCUGUCUCCAGUGCUUUUUAGCUAUUAAUAGUUUUGAGCUUAUCGCUACGGACAGUUUUCAUUCUAGGGACUAACAGGGUGGAAUCAUUUGAUUAAAAUUGUGAAUGUUUCUAUAUUUCAACCACUCAUAUAACUUAAUGUCACUUGGUACAUUAUGGCGACAACUCCACAAAUUUUAGUAAUUUGAUUGUGUUAUUUAUUCAAUAGUUUUUAGUCUCGUUUCCGUAUGUUAUACAGCUUAUAAUUGCUUUGAAUACAUGUAUUUAUUUGUCUUAAUUCAUUGUAUUUAGACAGUCACUAUUUUUCUUUUUCAAUUUGAAAUGUAUGGAAAGUGAUAGUGAAACAUUUACUUAACAUGGUUUUGCAAUAUUAAUUCCAAAUAAAGAUUUUAUCAAGUCUAAUACUUGAAAUAGAUUAUUUGAUUUUGAAAAUGACUUGAAAGCAUUUAUUUAUUUCCUGUUUUUCCUGUCAUUUCUUUAUUUUGUGUCAUGAAUUUAUUUAUCAUUUUUAUCCAUGCUGUUUUAAAUGUAGCAAGAUUUUAUCUGGUAUUUUUUUUUCGAAAAUUAAGUAAUUGUAAAACAUCUAAUUUGAUCAUUAUGAACCCAUGAAAUUUUUAUAAUAUUAUUUCAAAGAUUUAAAGCUGGAGCUGAUUUAAUGUAAAAAAAAAUCGCCUGGUAUCCUAAAAUUUGAUUCUAGACAGUAAUAAACCAACAGUAAUAAACCAAUCAGACUUGGCCACUAGUCGUUAAAUAGGUUGUUACGUGAAACCAGGUGGUGUUAUUCAUUAAAAGAUACUUUAUUCAUAUUGUCAGCUUUAUGUUUUGUGCAACUGUGCAUUCGGAACUCCUCUGCCAUAUUUAUCGAAACAACCUCGGCUGAUGCUGGUACAUUAGCAGAACUAGCUCUUAAAAAUUUGUAUAAUAUUAUUAAUAAAAUGUACUGUUAUAGCUUGUAUUCGUAGAUCUAAGUAAAAAUUGGUUGCCAGUGAAGUGUAUAAUUGCAAACAUUAUAAGCAUUCCAAAAAAGUGAAAUAACUGCGAUAUUCUUGCAGCGUAGUUUAAGUGUACAGAUAUUUGACAUUACAAACCGUCAAUAUAAUCCUAUAUUUUUUUGAGAAAAAUGGCCGAGGAGUUCAGAAUGGCAAGUGUAAAGUUUACCAUACAAUACAGUAGGAUGAGCAAGACAUUUUGCAUUUAUAAUAAACUUACUUUCAUGUGCUAUGUCAUUUACUAAUGCUGUCUCAUCCUGUUUAUAAUGAAUCAUUUUGAAUUUUCUUUUUAUUUAAUUUUGUUAAAGGAUUACAAAUUGAUCUGAAAUUCUUAUAUAAUUAUAUUAGAUUGAAGUAUCUAUCUCCCUAUGUUUUAGGUUGUGCUUGUUAUUUUCUUUUUUGCUGUGGUAAAGUAGGGGUUUGGAUUCGCAAAGUAUUAUUAACUUUAGUGCCAUUUGUUUUUCUUUUUCUUUUAUAGUAUAUUUUUUCACAUUUAUUUACUUAUUAUUAAGAAAAAAGAAGUUGAGAUUCAAGGUUGCUAGAAGUUUUUUUUAUUAACCAAUUUAGACUUGAUGAGAAAUCAUCUAUGAUGAGACUCUAAAGUUGGGGGCGGUAUUCAUUAAAUAUCUUAAGUCAUUUCCUAACUUAAAUCACUUUCCUAAUUUAAUAAAUGAAAUAAAGAUUUAAGAAUUUCUACAGUACAUUAUUUUCAUUGACCUUGAACAUACUUUAAUGUUAAAAACAUACAUUAUACAUUUCCUUCAAUUUGACUGUGAAAAUUGAAGUCAAUUUGAAUUAGGAAUUGAUUUAUGAUGUUUUAUGGAUAUGGCCCCAGGAUUAAUCUAUACCUCAGGUACCUUGAAAUAAAUAUUAAUGGCAAUAGUCUAUUUUUUAGAUAUACAGUCAAACUCUCUUGGCUCAAAUUCCUCGUUGGCUGAACUAAAUGGAAGGACCGAUUUCUUUAUACUCUAUGUAAGCAUUCACGCUUGGCUCGAAUUUUUCGAAGCUCAAAGUAUUUUGGCUGGUCCCCGGGUUUAAGGGCCAAUUGGGUUUGACUGUACUUUGAUUAACUCUCAUCAAAAGGACUGUAGAUUGUUUUUAUGUUGAGUGUCUUUUUUCAUGAUUUUUGUUGUUUUUUUGCGCCAAUUUCUUUAGCUAGUCUGUUCUUUGAAGAAUUGAAUUUAUUAUAUUUGUUUCUGCAUGUUUGGUAUAAUUUUCAUAUAUAUAUCUUUGCUUAUUUCUGAGUUUGCAACAUGAUUAAAAUUGCCAAUAUAUAUUUAAUAUGAGCAGUCCCUGACUGCCAUAUCACUCACCCUCCUUCACAUUUAAACGGUCUAUAAGAAUUUGAAAAAAGGGUACGGCUUUUGGAUUAACUCCUAGGAUAGUAAUAAAGAAUGAAAAUGAACUUAUGUUUUAAAGUGGGUGGGAAGGUAAAAUACUAAACGUUUAAAAAAUACAUGUUUUAUUUAGUUUUGAGGAACGAUCUUCUUUGGGAGUGAAACAUUUAUACUUGGGGACAUGUUUUGAGUUAGUAAGGAAUUAAAUAAAUUUUACCAAAAAAGAUUUUAAUAGAUUUUAGAUAAAAAAGCAUUUACAUUAUUAUGGAAAGGUUUGUUGACAUUAGUACUUCCUUUUUAUGUUAAAAUGCCCUAGACCACCUAUUCACAAUGUCUUGAAAGAUCUGGAUGAUAUCUUGUCAAAUAAGAAAGUAAUUCAGAAAAAUAAUGAAAUUUCAUGGAUGAAAUUAAUUUCCGGUUUACAAAAAUGCAUAUAUCUUUUUUAAAAUAGCUGCAAUCAACGCAAAACCACAAGACAUUGUUGAUUGGGCAGUUCCGAUAAAUUUGACUCACAAACAUUCUUUUUUUGUAUCAAGACAUUUUGAGAAAAUGUAAAUGCUUUUUGAUUUGAAAUCUGAUAAAAUAUUCUUUCCUAAUUACAGCUUUUCAUGUUGCAUUGGAUAUAUGAAUACUGCUUGUUAAAUAUUGUACCUCAAAACUAAGUAGAAGUUGACUUUUGCACCACUGCCGACCCUUAACUAGGUUUUCACUUCAGUAAGGGUUGACAUAUCUUUGUAUAUACCGAUAGGAAGAGAUAAUGGAGACAUUCAAUGGGAUUGUGUUUGGGGCCCCUUGGGUCAAGGUCACAUAAAAUGUUUAUAAAGACCUUUCAUGGGAUUGCGUUCGGGGUCACUGGGGUCAAGGUCACUGCUACUAGAAAUAGAAAACGGUUGGAACUGAAUAACUUGGCGUGGUCACUAGAAAAAUGGUUGAAACAGAAUUACAUGAGUGAGGGUAAACAUGAUUUAAGAGACCUUUCAUGGGAUUGCGUCUGGGGGUCAAGGUCACUUAAAAUGUUUAUGGAAACCUUUCAUGGGAUUGUGUUUGGGGGUCAAGGUCACUCUUACUAAAAAUAGAAUAAUGGUUGAAUUACUUAUGGGCCAAUAUGUUUAUGGGAACCUUUCAUUGGAUUGUGUUUGGGGUCCAAGGGGUCAAGGUCAUUUAAAAUGUUUAUGGAAACCUUUCAUGGGAUUGCGUCCCGGGGUCCACGGGGUGAAGGUCAUUUAAAAUGUUUAUGGAAACCUUAUAUGUGCAUGUUUUUUAUGAAUGGAUGCAUUAUAGAUGGUGAUAUUUCAAUAACCCGUGUUCAAAAUUCAUUGUCUUCAAAUCAAAUGUUCUGCUUCAAAACUAAUUCUGUGCAAUUUCAUCAUCAUCAAUCACCUAUCAUGAAUUGGUUUGAAAUGUGAACCGAAAAUUAACUAUAAUCUUCCUGUUUUCUUAGAGAUUGUCAUUAUUGCUUGUUUAUAAUUUACCUUAGAUGUGCGUGUUCAAACAAUUAUAAUAAUUUAGAUUUUGCAUUUACAUAUUUUAUCAAGUGUCAUUAAAAAAUAAAAUAUUUAUUACA